AUGAACAAGAAUGCAUGUCUUUCUGAGUUCAUGUUGGUCGUUUUUAAUACACUUAGCCAGCUGAACUCUGCAAACGCCGUUGCUCAAUUGUUCCGUCAUCGGUCCUCCUCUAAACUAGGUUACGAAAUUCCUCCGCUACUAAAUGAAGGUGAAGACUUCGUGCGCAAAGACACGGACAAGGCCGAUUUGUUGAGUGCAUUCUUUGCAAAACAUAUUACGACCGAAUCUGAACCGGUUCCGUCGUUUCAAGCCUACUCACACAAUAUUAUCCGUACCAUUGAUUUCUCCAUGGAAUUAAUUCGUAAGCAUAUAAUUCGCCUAAAGAUGCGCACUCUUGAGAAAUGA